ACCUAAUCCAAGAUUGAAAAACCCUAGAAAAGAUGUGAAGACUUUUGUGAUUCUCCUGAGCAUCACAUCACCCUCUUCCUACCUAUAAAGCCGGUCUUCCCUUCCGACAAUUUUCUUCAUCAAAUCAUAGACAGCUUCGUUUUGUGUUCGGAGAAAUUAAGAAGGAAGAUCGAGAAAGCAAACAAAUCCGAGAUGGGAAGAGCACCGUGCUGUGACAAAGCCAACGUGAAGAAAGGACCAUGGUCUCCUGAAGAAGACGCAAAACUCAAAGUCUAUAUUGAGAAAUAUGGUACUGGUGGCAAUUGGAUUGCGCUUCCCCCAAAAAUUGGGCUUAAAAGAUGUGGAAAGAGUUGCAGACUCCGAUGGCUAAAUUAUCUUCGUCCCAACAUCAAGCACGGUGGAUUCACCGAGGAAGAAGACAACACCAUCUGCAGCCUCUAUAUUAGUAUUGGCAGCAGGUGGUCCGUAAUUGCAGCACAACUGCCUGGAAGAACAGAUAAUGAUAUCAAGAACUACUGGAACACCAAAUUGAAGAAAAAGUUGCUCGGAAAGCGCAAACAGUCGACUCACACGAACAGGCUCUCAAUUGCAGAUGAUCAGAGCCCAAAAGGUGUAGAUGAUAAUGCCUAUUUGCAAAACUUGAGCAGUUCGGCACUGGAAAGACUUCAGCUCCACAUGCAGCUUCAAGGGCUACAAAACCCUUUCUCUUUCUACAGUAAUCCUGCACUUUGGCCUAAGUUGAAUCCCCAAAAAAUGAUACAAAACCUCCAAUAUUCUUUGAAUGAAAAUCAAAAUAUUCUUAUGCCACAAGCCCCUCAUAGUCCAAAUCCCACUGCUGUUACACUUCAAGAAGAGUAUUGCAAUAUGAACAACUUCAAGGUUGCCCAGCAAUUGAACACGAUCACGGACACAGACAUUGACACAGGAUUUAAGACAGGUUCAACAUAUACGCAUUCUGAACUUGAUGAUUUCCUCAGCAAAGAAGCUGCUAAUUUGCAACCUACAGAGAGUCAGAUAGCAGAAUUGGAUUGUUUCCGAAAUGUUGAAUGGUGGUCUAAUGAAUUUGAUCAUUCCUCAAGAUCUGGGGACUCAACUUCUUUUCUUCAUCAGUCUGAAGAAAUGUGUCAAGAAUAUGGACAAGGUCCUCUAGGAUACAAUUUGCAGAAUCUAUAGCAAACUGGGUCGAUAUGAUUUUUCGUGCCUAUUGUCGCAUUAUCUAGUAAGGUUAUCAUAGACAUUUAUAGUUUUAUUUGUUGCUUGCGCAUAAGAGGGGGGAAGAAGGAUAAGCUGAUUGUUGGUCUUGUAAAUUGCAUGAAUAAUGUUGUGUCCUUUGUCAUCUUCCCGAAGUUUGUACUUCACUUAACUUUUAAAGGAGUUAUCCAAUUAUUAAGUAUUCAAAA